GAUUGUUUAAAGUAUAUUGAGAGGCCCCUUUAGCUUGCUAAUUUGAAAGAAUGGACUUUCCUCGGCUGUUUUCCCUUUCAGUUCUUCUCAUAUUGACAUUUCUUGCUUCCUACUCCUCCAUUGCAAUAGACACCUUAACACCAAAUCAGAACCUCACCGAUGGCCAAAUCUUGGUGUCCUCCAACCAGAUUUUUGAGCUGGGAUUCUUUACUCCAGGAAAGUCUGGUAAAAGAUAUUUGGCCAUAUUGUAUCAUAACGUCCCUACCACCACAGUGGCUUGGGUAGCAAACAGAGAUAAUCCUCUCAGCGAUUCAUUAGGCCAUCUAACGAUGAGGUCUGAUGGUGCUUUAUUGCUUUACAACAGCUCCAUGGCUGUUGUAUGGUCUAUGAAUGAAACAAUGACGGGCCAGAGUCCAAUUCUGCAGCUUCUAGGUACAGGUAAUCUUGUAGUCAGAAAACAGGAUAAUACUAAUGCAAGCGAUUACAUUUGGCAGAGCUUUGAUCAUAUGUCUGAUACUAUGUUGCCUGGAAUGAAACUUGGAUUGAAGUUGAAAACUCGUACCAGCAACUACAUGAGAUCCUGGAAAAGUCCUGAUGACCCUUCUGAUGGAGAGUUUACAUUCAGCUUGGAAACGCCUGAAACACCUCAGCUUUUACUGCGUAGCGGAUCAAAUAAGGAUUACAGGUGGGGGCCUUUUGAUGGUGAUAGGUUUAGUGGUGGCAACCGAUUGAGGAACAACACAGUCUUCAAGCCUAUAUUUGUUUCUACUGCUGAUGAAAUUUAUUAUACUUUUGAAGCACUGGAUAAUUCUAUUUUAAUGCGGUCCGUUGUGACACCACUUGGUGGAAUUCAGUAUCUCACAUGGCGAAAUGGUAGUAAAGACUGGAGCCUGACUGUAGAGGUAAAUAGGCUCUAUUGUGAUCGAUAUGGAAUGUGUCGAGGAAAUGGAAAUUGCUAUGCGGAUGAUCCUCCGUGCAGGUGUUUAGAAGGGUUUGCUCCGCGCUCGCCACAAGAUUGGAGAUUAUAUGAUUAUUCAGAUGGUUGCAAGAGGAAAUUUGAUCUGAAUUGUAGUAACAGAGAUGGUUUUGUGAAGUAUGAUGGACUGAAGUUGCCAGAUAACGUGGUUGUGUGGCCUAAUCUUACCCCUGAAGAAUGUGCAGCGGAGUGUCUGAGAAAAUGUGAUUGUAUGGCCUACACCCGAAUCAACCCUCUAGGUAAUGGCAGCCAGUGUGUAGUUUGGUUCGGUGACUUAAUUGACCUCAGAGAUUUCCCUGAAGAAGGCGAAGAACUGUAUAUACGCAUGGCACGUGCUGAAAUAGAUUCAAUUGCUAAAAACAAAUGGAGAAAGCAUAUGAGAUUAGUUGUUGCCAUCACGAUGUUAUCAGCUUUUGCGCUGCUUCUCUUGGCUAUCUUGGCUUGGUACAAGCUGAGACCAAAGGGGAGAAGAGAGGAGGAUACCAUAUCAAUGCCAAAAGCCCAUGAGAGCAAGUCAUUCCCCCAUUAUGAGGAAGAAAGUCAAGACGAGGACCUUGAAUUACCUAUAUUUGAUCUAGCAACGAUUUCUGCUGCUACAGAUCAGUUUGCCUUAGGUAAUAAGAUUGGACAGGGUGGUUUUGGUCCUGUAUAUAAGGGCGAAUUACCUAAUCGAUUAGAAGUAGCAGUAAAGAGGCUUUCACAGAAUUCAGGUCAAGGCCAAAGAGAGUUUAAGAAUGAAGUUAUACUGAUUGCAAAGCUUCAACAUCGUAACCUUGUUAGGCUACUCGGAUGCUGCAUUCAAGGCGAUGAAAAAAUGUUGGUCUACGAGUACCUGGCAAACAAAAGCUUGGACAACUUUAUAUUUGAUCGGAUAAAAAGAAAGCUACUUCCAUGGAGUAUACGCUUCAACAUCGUUUUGGGCAUUGCAAGAGGGCUGCUUUAUCUUCACCAAGAUUCCAGAUUGAGAAUUAUCCACAGAGAUCUGAAAACUAGUAAUAUUUUACUUGAUAGAGAGAUGAACCCAAAAAUCUCAGACUUUGGCAUUGCAAGAAUUUUUGGUGGAGAAAUAACUGAAGAAAAGACUCGGAGAAUUAUUGGUACAUAUGGUUACAUGUCCCCCGAAUAUGCAAUGAGUGGUCAUUUUUCUGUAAAAUCAGAUGUAUUCAGCUUUGGAGUCAUAGUGCUGGAGAUUAUAAGUGGCAGGAAGAAUUGGGGAUUUUAUGAUCCAGACCAUGACCAUAACCUGAUAGGACAUACCUGGAAACUCUGGAAUGAAAAAAGAUCUAUUGAACUAGUUGAUGACAUAUUGGACGGAUCAUUUUCGAAGGAUGAAGUCUUAAGAUGCAUCCAAGUGGCCCUUCUAUGCGUCCAGCAACGAACUGAAGAAAGACCAACAAUGAGUACUGUGGUAUUUAUGCUAAGUAAUGAAAAUGUGGAGUUGCCACAACCCAAAGAACCCGGUUUUGUUUCAGAGAGAUCUGCCAUGCAGAUUGAUUCUUCAUCUAGCGGUCAAGAUUUUCACACAGGAAAGCAUAUAACUUUCACAACUGCAGAGGGACGAUAACACUUCAAAAACAAAAAAAUUCUCCAGUUUUGUACAGAUCUGGAUACAUGAUCACAAAUGAGGCACCUCUCCAGCAUCUUAGUUUCUAGUGUACCAUACCUCAUCCCAUUUAUUAAAGUGACUUGUAUUGUACUGGGGAAGUGAAAGUUGGAAGUUAUUCCUUAAUUCUUUGAUAUUCUCCCCCCACGCCAA